AUGCCUCACGCAAUAUCAAACUUCUCUGUGCCGUUGUCGGAACUCGUGCAACCGAAAUCAAUUGACAGAAGAACUUCCACCGAUACUUUCCGAUCUUUGUGUUUUAAAGCAGGUGUGUUCGAAGGAAAGAGGGGUUCAGCUUAUGUUGAGUUCGGAAACACCAAAGUUUUGUCUCAAGUACAUGGUCCUCGAGAGUAUGCGGAUGGUGAUUAUCAUAGCUGCAGCGUGAAAGUUGCUAUUAAAGGCUACACAGACGAAAAAAUUAGAGCCCAGAUCCAAAGUGCAAUGUCAGGAUGUAUACAAUUAAAUAAAUAUGCUAAAAGUGAAAUAGAAAUAGAGGUUUCUGUCAUAACAGCAGAGCAAGGUGUUCUUCAAGCUGCUCUAGUUUCAUCUUGUUUGGCUUUGGUGCAUUCCGGAAUUGAAUUAUGGGAUGUUGUCGUAGCAGCUCACGUGGCCAUUACUGAAAGUGGAGAUUUCAUCCUUGACCCUUCAGUUAUGCCUGAGAACUGUAUGGGAUCAGUGACGGUAGGGGUAAUGCCCCAACGAGACCAGAUGGUUUGCACUGAUAUUCGUGGUGCUCUUACUUCACGCCUAGUCAAUGAGGUUAUACGCUAUGCUGCGAAUAAAGCUAAUUCACUACAUAGCCUUGUAAAAACAACACUUGCGGCCAGUUUGGAAACGUAA